GAUCAAGAUCUAAGUGCUGAGGAAGAGGCUUCAAUCAACGUGGAUGCUCUCGUUAACGAUAGCGAAUCAGACCAUCAGGGCGUCAAGACGCCUCUGGCUAGCCAAAUCCUGGAGCAGCCCAAGCGGGCAACCCCAACCAUGCCUCCCGGAUUUUCAGUAUCCGCGGUACCAAUAUCAAUAGCGAGCACCCAACCUGUACGCCCUUUGUCUCGAAGCGCCUCGUCAACGGUAGCCCCGGCUGUUCCUCUUGUACCUGCUUCUCCAGGCAGGACAUCAACCCCGGGCUCAUCGGAGAAAGUCACGCAAACAACGGAAGCGCUUGAAGCGGGAACUCCCGACCCUAUUACAGCUGUCAAAUCUGGACCAGCGACUCCGUCGAAAUCUAUUCAAAGGGAAGGCACUGCGAAGCCUAAGCCGGCCCAGACCCCGAAAAAGUCCACAAAAGAAUCAGUGUUGGGAGAGCAAAAGGAGAGCAAGCCAGCAACCGAAUCACCGCCGAAACUAGCGCCAAAGAGCAAGACGGUAGGCAAGAAGAGUCAGGCCUCUGCUGACGCAGGUGCCCAAAAGAGCACACAAGACAUUUCUGCGCCUGCAGCAACGCCAACUUCUUCUAAACGACAACACCCAGGGAAGCUCGACAUAGCUGCCGCUACUAAGCUCUCAGAGAACGAACAGCCUUCUGCGGCAAGCUUGCUCAGGGGAGAUACCCAACCGAAACCGGUUCGUGCAGUUUCCAUGACAGCUGCUAAUUCUGUACCUGCAAGUCCGGCUGCUACCUCAAUGGGUUCCCCGAUAAAAAAGUCCAUUGGAGCAAAGACUUUGCGCGUCGUAGCGACUCCGAAGACCGAAAAUCCACCUCCCUUGUCAGCGAUGUCUACUACGUCUCUCCCUCACGUCCUUACUAUGGACAAGCUCCGGUCCCGGCAAGCUAGCAUCGCGUCGCUCAAUCAGCCAGGGACCCCGGCGAGCGAGAUGAUAUCUGAUACCGCAUCAAUCACAUCCGCGUCAAUUUCUCGAGCUAGCUCUCCACCUCCGGUCGGUGGAAAGGUCGGUACCGCUCCAAUGAGGAAGAAGACAAAAUCUCAAGCAAAGAAGGAACGACAGGAGAGGGCACGACAGAUAGAGGAGGAACGCACCUUGGCAGCGGAUGACCAGAAAUCAGAACCUGAGGUGGUUCAGGCACCUAUCAUUGGGCGCAAGAAGAAGGCAAAGAAACUCACGAAUAACCCUAAAUCGAUACCGACACCCGUAAUGAGUCAGCCAGAGUCUCCUAGGGCCAUCGACGCCGACGCCGACGUUGAUAAAAAUCAGGAAGAGGCCGAGCCAGAACCCGCGUCCUCUCCAUCUCCAAAGAAAGCGCACACCUCGAAGGCAUCUAUUUCCUCACCACGUCCCAAACCAGUAAGAGCUCCUGACGCGGCUAAAGAAAAACGGGAGCCCACUGCACAAUCUAUUAUUGCCGAUUUGCAAAGGACCGGAGAGCUCAUUGCUUCCACUCUUGAAUUUUUCAAGCCGCUCUCCUCGUCACUCGCUCAUGCUUCGCGCACCGCCCAGACGAGCGGCAAUUCGGGUGCUCCACCAGACUUGAAGAUACACUUUUCAGAGGCUGAUCUGGAUGCUCUUUCGAAGAAGCACCCGGUUCGCCUCCAUGCUAAGGACGGCAAGCCGGAUUCUAGAACUUUGAUCACGCCGCAAGGCAAGUUUUUCUGGGGCUUGACACAGGAGCUGGAGGAAAAGGCCUUGGAGUUGGAGAAACAUAUCGAAGAGUUGAAGGGUGCAGCUCGUUUCCAUGCUCGGAAGCAAACGACGCAUCAACAACACACCCAAAACAUUUCGUCGCCAGCGCAGUCGAAGGAUAUGCUUCCCGCUCUCGCUACUGCGCUCAAAGAGGCGGGAGCUAAGCUCAGCAAGAGCGCCGCAUCUGGCCAGCCGAUGCCGAAACUAGAUCCGACUGCCGCUCUCCUUGGGUCUACUUUGCCGCUUCCUCCAGUCCAUGCUCCUGGUGAUCUCCCGCCGCCUCAAGCACAAGCACAGGCACAACAGCAAACACCAUCGGACGCGGGCGCAUACCUCAAUCAGUUUGUCCUUCCGAAGACCGACAAUCCACCAACUACUACUCCACGUCCAGAGAUGGCAGCGGUAGGUGGGCCGCCGGGUGCAGGCACGGUCAACGUGUCCGUCAACGUAAACAAGAUCGCAAAGGCAGCCAAGGCGGUAGCAGAAGGCGGCGUAGUGGGUACCGACCUCGAUGGCACGGGCGUGAUGGCAGCGGACCUGCUUGGCGGAGUCUUCGUCCAGGGUCUCGAGGCCCUCGUCGGCGCCGGGUUAGGGUUGCAGGGCAACGAUCUCAGUAUGGACGUUCAGGGACUCGCCAGCGCUUUCGAUGCUGGUGGUAUGUCGGGCCGGAGGGGAGGGAGGAGGAGCGUCUUGAGUGUAGAUGAGGCGGAGCAGGCAAUGCAAGCCGCGAGGAAGGACCACGAGGCCCUGGAGAAGAAGCUCACCACUCUCAUGAAGCGCAACAAGAAGCUGGUCAACGGCGGGGGUAGGGCAUAG